AUGGGUGCUAGCCACCAGCAUAAUUCGAACCUUGACCGCGGAGACCAUGUAGAUUCUUUCACGACCUCGAAUUUCUUCGCCAGCAACCAUUCCUCUCAAAACGCCCUCUACGGCGACUCUGACGAUGAUGCUCGAAGCGUCCGAACCGUCAUCCACAACAGCAGCACCCCUCACCUCCGCCUGCUCGAGCCGGCGCCCAUAACCGACGACGAACCAUGGUCAGGCGACACCAGCGACGAGGAUGACCCCAUCGAAGCGCCGAGCGAAAAACCAGUAACAUGGUCCUCGCUCCCGAACAAAAGCCAACUCGCGAUCCUCACAAUCGCGCGGUUGUCGGAGCCUCUCACCCAGACGUCUCUGCAGGCGUAUCUGUUCUACCAGCUGCGAUCUUUCGAUCCGUCGCUGCCGGGAUCGACCAUCGCGACGCAGGCCGGGAUUCUGCAGGGUAGUUUUACGGGUGCGCAAUUUUUGACGGCGAUACUAUGGGGUCGACUUGCUGAUUCGGAGUUUAUGGGUCGGAAGCGCGUGUUGCUGAUUGGGUUGUCGGGCACUUGUAUCUCUUGUCUUGGAUUUGGGUUUUCGAGGUCCUUUGCGGCCGCGGCUGUUUUUCGAACGUUGGGUGGUGCGUUGAAUAGUAAUGUUGGGGUUAUGAGGACUAUGAUUUCGGAGAUUAUUGAGGAGAAGAAAUACCAAUCUCGGGCGUUCCUGCUAUUGCCAAUGUGUUUCAAUAUUGGUGUCAUUAUCGGUCCAGUUCUUGGUGGGAUGUUGGCGGAUCCGCGCAAGAACUAUCCGCAGCUUUUUGGACCUGGUUCGAUCUUUGGGGGUGAAGAUGGGGUGUGGUGGAUGGAACGCUGGCCGUUCGCGCUUCCGAACUUGAUCAGCGCUAUUUUCAUUUUCACGUCGUGGGUAACGGUGCUUUUUGGGCUUGACGAGACCCACGAAGUUGCACGGUACAGAAGCGAUUGGGGUCGGAAACUGGGACGUCGGAUCGCAAGGGUAUUUCGACGCCGACGAUACCGCCAUUACCGCCCUAUAUCGGACUAUCCGGACGACACAUCUCUAUACCUCGACGAGAGCAUAGCCAGCAUAUCGGCCCCCUCAAGCCCUAUCCGCGCGCGGAUGCAACACCGCCAGAAACGCCCCGGCUUCCGGCAAAUCUGGACAACCAAUGUUCUCUUGACCCUUCUCGUCCAAUUCCUCCUCGCCUUCCACACAAGCGCAUUCAACUCCCUGACCUUCAUCUUCCUCCCCAACCCUCGCGCGCCGGAGGGAAGCAACCAAGGCUUCUUCCGUUUCGGCGGCGGCCUCGGCCUUCCGUCUUCUAGGGUCGGUCUCGCGACGGCGAUUAUUGGUUUUAUCGGCCUCCCACUUCAAAUAUUCAUAUACCCGCGCAUUCAAUCUCGUCUAGGAACACUGACGUCCUUCCGCACAUUCCUCCCUUUUUCGCCCCUCUCGUACGCGCUAAUGCCAUUCCUCGUCAUCAUCCCCAAUUUCCCGUGGCUCGUUUGGCCUGCCUUCACGGUUGUCGUCGGGCUGCAGGUUGUCUCGCGGACGUUCGCGCUGCCCGCGUCUGUGAUCCUAGUUAACAACUCCGUCACGGAUCCGUCUAUCCUCGGGACAGUCCAUGGUGUUGCACAGAGUAUCUCGAGUGCCGCGCGCACUCUAGGCCCGCUUUUGGCCGGUUGGGGAUUGGGUCUCGGGCUGGAGUAUAACCUUGUCGGUGGUGUCUGGUGGGCGUUGGCGCUGGAAGCACUCCUGGGCUGGUUCCUGCUUGGGACCAUUUAUGAGGGGAAAGGGAUUGAUAGGAAGAAAUAUCGUGAGCAGGAGGAGAUUGAGGCAACACAGGAGAGUAGGUGA